AUGCCUGGGUCGGUCGGAACCAACACGAAUGUCAUGUUGCUCGGAACCAUCCUCGGCAAGAUUGCGAACUUCUACCAGAAAGCUACCGAUGUCUAUUUCUACGGAGGCAAUACUGAUGGCGUCGCUGUGUUAGGCAGUCUACAAAGCGUGGGCACUCCAAGGACAGGCUUUGGUAUCAGUCUUGGGACAUUUGCGCUGGAAAACGAGAAUGCCCGUCACCUUGAGCUUGAGUUAUUAAUGAGCGAGCUUCGCAAACUCCAAGAGGUACAUGCGCAGUUCUGCGACACCUGCGCAGAGCUCGCGGAGAAUCCCAACGUCAGUCGAGCUAUUAUCAGAUAUAAAGCCUCCAAAGUCAGCUUUAUCGCUGUGAUCACGAUCAUUCAGCGUGGCCCCAACCAGUCAUAUUUUACCUCCUCACCCAAAACUUCGGGUGCCAAGCCGCAGGUUUAUCGGGACAACACUCCACUGCUGUGA